AUGUACCGGGCCGGGAGCGGAGCGCUGGUGUUCGGCGCCGGCACGGUGCAGUGGGCCUGGGGCCUGGACGCCUUCCACGACUCCGCCGGCGGCAUGCCGAACAACGUCGAGAACGAGUACGACACUCGCAUCCGGCAUGACCUCUCGGGCCCAGAGCACGCGGUGCAGCAGGCGACGCUGAACGUGCUCGCGGACAUGGGCGUGCAGCCCGCUACGCUGCGCCCCGGCCUGACGCGCGCCGUGGCGUCCACAGACGCGGAGGCCCCCGUGGUGACGCUGACGCACUGCUGGCUCGGGGCGCCUGGUAUGCUGGAGGUGGUCGCCAGGGAUCGCGGCGGCGGAGCGGUGGCCGCCUUGGAGGCCUCCGCGGACGGGCAGAGGUGGUACAUCAUGGUGCGCGCGGGGCCCGGCUGGGGCUCGCGCCUGCGCGCCCCCGACGGCGCCGCUCCUCUCUCGUCCCUCCUCGUGCGGGCGGUCGACGACAGCCUCAACAUCGGCGAGGCGGCGCGCUGCCGGGUGGGCUCCACGCGCGCGGGGGCCGCGGAGCUGUGA